CACUACACGGGACGCCGGUUGUUUGGGGCUGUCGCACGCAAAUGCCGGCGGUAAAGACGCGCGAGCUGGUGAAGCGAAAUUCCUGAAAUAAAGUGUUGCACAGAGUGAAUUCCAAAAUGAAUGAUGUGGACAGCGAGCUGUUAGACUACGAGGAGGAUGAGGUGGACACGGCAGGAGGUGUCGGGGAUGGAGGGCUCGCUGGAGACGGCAGCACCGUGGCCUUGAGGAAAGAAGGGCUCAAGGGAUCUUAUGUUUCCAUCCACUCUUCAGGGUUCAGGGACUUCCUGUUAAAGCCUGAGCUCCUCAGGGCCAUCGUGGACUGCGGCUUUGAGCAUCCGUCUGAGGUUCAGCAUGAGUGCAUUCCACAGGCCAUCUUGGGCAUGGACGUGUUGUGCCAGGCCAAGUCGGGUAUGGGGAAGACGGCCGUCUUUGUCUUGGCGACACUCCAGCAGCUGGAGCCAGUGACCGGACAGGUAUCAGUGCUGGUGAUGUGUCAUACCCGAGAGCUGGCAUUUCAGAUCAGUAAAGAGUACGAGCGCUUCUCCAAGUACAUGCCAGCUGUCAAGGUGGCGGUGUUCUUUGGAGGUUUGCCUAUAAAAAAGGACGAGGAGACGCUGAAGAGAGAGAGUCCUCACAUAGUGGUGGGAACGCCCGGCCGCAUCCUGGCCCUGUCACGCAACAAGAGUCUCAACCUGCGCCACAUCAAACACUUCAUCCUGGACGAGUGUGACAAGAUGCUGGAACAGCUUGACAUGCGACGUGAUGUCCAGGAGAUUUUCCGCAUGACUCCGCACGAGAAGCAGGUCAUGAUGUUCAGCGCCACCUUGAGCAAAGAAAUCCGUCCCGUCUGCCGAAAGUUCAUGCAAGAUCCCAUGGAAAUAUUUGUGGACGACGAGACCAAGCUGACCCUGCACGGCCUGCAGCAGUACUACGUCAAGCUGAAGGACAACGAGAAGAACAGGAAACUGUUCGAUCUGCUGGACGUCCUGGAGUUCAACCAGGUGGUGAUCUUUGUGAAGUCGGUGCAGCGCUGCAUCGCUCUCGCUCAGCUGCUGGUGGAGCAGAACUUCCCGGCCAUCGCCAUCCACAGAGCAAUGCCUCAGGAGGAGAGGCUCGCUCGAUAUCAGCAGUUUAAAGACUUUCAGAGACGCAUCCUCGUGGCCACUAACCUGUUCGGCAGAGGAAUGGACAUCGAAAGAGUCAACAUCGCCUUUAACUACGACAUGCCUGAGGAUUCAGACACGUACCUGCACAGGGUUGCCAGAGCAGGCAGGUUUGGCACAAAAGGUCUAGCCAUCACGUUCGUGUCUGACGAAAGCGACGCCCGGACGCUGAAUGACGUCCAGGACAGGUUCGAGGUGAACAUCAGCGAGCUUCCAGAGGAGAUCGACAUCUCGUCUUACAUCGAGCAGACGCGGUAAAGCAGACGCCGAGUCUUUUCGAAGACGUCUUGGGAGGAGCAGCAUCCAGUAGCCUGCAUUUCACACAGACUGUUAGUGAAGUGAUACGAGAAUGUAAAACUGGGGGAAUAAAAUCACUAGAUCUAGUAAUCCAACACUCAUACAUCCAACACACGGGUUCUUAAAUGCCUCUGAUGCUUAUAUAUAUUUAAAAAAAAGGGGAAAAAAGGUUUGUUUAUUUUAACCUUUAGAGCCAGGAUGUUAAAAUAUGCUUGUUAAGGACUUUAUUUACCUUCAGAAAAAUAAUGUUACUGGCUUCUUUUUUCUUUAUUUUUUAAAUCCGAGUGCAGUGGUUGUUUCGUUUAUGUUCACGUGUUGGAUCGAACUCCGUCGUUUUUUGAUCGUAAAGCAUUGGAAUAAUAAUAAUUAGUUCAGUAAUUAAUGAAGGCAUGACGGAUAUGGAGUUGUAAAAGAGUGUGUAAUGUGCCUGAUACACUAAUCUGUCCUUCUGUGUUGACUGCUUGUUAGGAAAAAAAUAAUACAUUAUGUUUGUUUGUUUGUUUACAGCAACUUUUGUCUUUAAACUAACUGUGUGCAAUAUUGUAUUGAUUUAAGAUUAGUACGGAGACGCUGUACAGUAAAGGUGCAUUAGGUACGAGUUUUCCUUUUUAUAUUUCAGGUUGCAGUCGCUCGUCGUUGCAAACCUACAGCAAGUUAUUAACCUGUAUGAAUGAAAUAGAUUUUCUUUUCAGCAGUUUAAAGAAAAAGAGACACUCCGUUUUGUUCCCUACGUAAUGCACCUUUAGGACAUUUUGGUACUUGGCGUAGUGCUUUACCAGUAUUCAGAAUUGAAUUACAGACUGAAUUUCAUAAUUAAACACAAAACACUAACAGUUGUCGUA